AUGGGAGGUAUCCCUACCAAAUACACAGGUGAAGUAAUCACUCAAGACGAGAAUGGUGAUGAUAAGGUCGUGCCCGGUCUUUAUGCUGCUGGAGAGGCUGCCUGUGUUUCGGUCCAUGGGGCCAACCGUCUUGGUGCUAAUUCGUUGCUUGAUAUCGUCGUCUUUGGUCGCGCUGUUGCGCAUCAUAUUGCAGACACAUUGGAACCUGGUACUCCAUUAACACCCUUGACAGCCGAUGCAGGUGCUGCUAGUAUUGCCAAUCUUGACAAGCUGAGAAACUCGCAAGGGCCCAAACGUACCUCUGAGAUCCGCCUCAACAUGCAAAAGGUCAUGCAAGCAGACGCUGCUGUUUUUCGCACGCAAGAGACAUUGGAUCAAGGUCGCGGCAAGAUUGACCAGGUGUGGGACUCGUUCAAGGAUGUGGGAGUAACGGAUCGAAGCAUGAUUUGGAACACGGAUUUGGUAGAGACAUUGGAGCUUCAGAAUCUCUUGACGUGUGCCAGCCAAACCAUGCAUGCUGCUGCUGUACGUACUGAAUCUCGCGGUGCACAUGCUCGCGAUGACUUCAAGGAGCGUGAUGAUGUGAAUUGGAUGAAGCACACGCUGACAUGGCAAGAUCAAGACAAGGGCGAUGUCACUAUCAAGUAUCGCCAUGUCACAGAUACAACCUUGGAUGAAAAGGAGUGCAAGCCUGUGCCUCCAUUUGCUCGUGUCUAUUAG